AUGGCGUCAAAAGAAGAAACCAUGCCUUUCCCAGACUCAACCAAAAACUCUUUCAGUUGUGACGAAUGCGAAAAGGUUCUCCCUAAUAUGAUAAGACUAAAAUAUCACAAACAAACACAUGCAAAUCCAGAAUCUGUUACAUGUAACAUUUGUAAAAAAGUGUUUGCCUUCCAAGCUAGUCUAGUACGCCAUCAAAGCGUCCACACUGGCGUUCGGCCUCACAAAUGCCCUGUUUGUACCAUGGCAUUCACCCAAAGCUCGCAUGUGAAACGUCACAUGAAACUUGUUCACAACAUAGAAAAUAGCAACUCAGCUAAAACGGGCAACAAGCAGAAUCCGAAAAAAGGUUUCGGGAAAAUGGGAAAGAAUCGCAGUUCAGGCAACAAGCAGAAUUUGAAAAACGCUUUGAGGAAAACAGGCAUUGAAUAUGAAUGUGAUGUUUGUGGUUCAAGUUUCAAAAAAGCAAAAACUUUGAAAGAUCAUAAACGAAAACAUACUCGGAGGGACAACAAAUCUGCUGAUAAAGAAAACCCUAUUUCUGGGAAAAGUGAAGUCACAUUGUUUCAUAAUAAAAAAAGGCAGAAAAUGAGCACAACUUCUGUGGAAUGUAAGAAGUCCAGUGAUAACUAUAAAGAUCAGGUUAAAGUUAACCGUGAAAGUGCAACAUGUGAAAUUUCUGAAAAAUCUGAAAAAGAAUCUGUAAGUGAAAACUUUGUACCUGACAAUGGAAAAAAACGACGAACAAACAUUAAUCUUGGCAACGGUAACUCUUCUGUGAACCCUAGCCCCAAACUCGCCAAUGCCAACCGGCAGGUUCCGGCAAAACCCAAAGUGAGGCCGAACCAAUGCGACAUUUGCUUCAAAACAUUCAAACAGAAGAGUUAUGUCAAAGAUCAUAAGAGAACACAUACUGGCGAAAAACCGUUUUCCUGCGAGUGUGGCAAGAGCUACGCGUUCAAACAUCGGCUAAUGUCUCAUCUUGAAAGUGGAAAAUGCCCAAUUCAACAAGUAGAAAGGUCAGACGAGGGACCAAAAAAAGUGCAACGACGUCUUGGUGAGAAAAAAAUUACGAAAUCUAGAGAGACAAAAACAUUCCAAUGCCAGUUUUGCAGCAAGGAAUUCAAAACUAAGGGUCAUGUGGACAUGCACGAGAGGGUACAUACAGGCCAUCGACCUUAUCAAUGCGAACUAUGUGGCAAGUCGUUCAAACAAAGCAGUCAUGUUUUGAUCCACAAAAGAGGUGUUCAUAGCAAGGGGAGCAGAGUCAAAUCUAAACGAAUUCUUAAAAGCACAAAAAGUAUGGGCAUCCCUACGUCAGAGAGUCCGCAAAAACGAAGAAGUUCUGUCGAAGGCAAUUCUGUCAGAACGAAGAAUUUGGGCAGCUCGGCUGCAGACAGCCCACAAAAGCGUAAAACAUCUUCUGCAAACAAAGUUUACAAAUGUGAAUUUUGUCUGAAGACUUUUAAGCAAGAGAACCAGUUGCUUCUGCACAAAAGGAUGCAUAAAUUAAAGUCGGGCCCUUUUGACUGUCAGACUUGCGGAAAAUCUUUCAAAAUUCGGAACAACCUUUAUCGACACGAGUUGGUUCACACCGGCGAAAAACCUUACCUUUGUGAAAUUUGUGGUAAGAGCUGUUCGCAGAAAAGUAAUUUGAAGUCUCAUGUGACAAGAGUUCAUAGGGCCAUCCAUCUGGGAACCAAAUAUGGCGAGUUGGGAAGUGAGGUGGUCAGUUCUUCAAGCCAAAUUCAUGGAGUUCAAACAG